GCCUACACCUGCGUGGACUUCUCCCUGUUGGCGUACAAAUAUGUUUGCCCGAAACUGGGAAAGUCGCCCAGCCUCCGCCUGUAGGUUGAACUACACCUGGGACCGCGGGCUGUGAUAAUUCAACGACAGCAAUGCGGUAAAAAGAAAAUGUCAGACAAGCUCGGCGGUGUCGAUGCUGUCCAGUCUUUGGGCUGUUUGAAAUUAAAUUCGUUUUCCACAGAGUUCACAGUCGUCUCUUUGUUUAAGCUAGCGGCACGUUAGCCGCUGCUUCCGGAAAACAACCUUCACACAGAAAAUCAAAAUGAAGACAUGGAGAUAACAUUUUUGACUCUGGAUCAUUGUUUCACUUUCACAGUUUGAAUGGAUGCAGCUUUGGACAUGCAGACAUAGACUUAUGAAAUAUACCAGACACAGUUUUUAAGGAGAUUAAGAGGACGCAGAUCUUUUCCAGAGACACAUAAGUUUGGACUGGGCUCUCUCACCCGAUGGCUACAACAGAAACCAAAGUUGCAGGCAGCAGUAGCACUGCGGGUCUGUCGUGGGCGCGGGUAUGUAAGGAGUGUGGACAGCAGCACGAUGGCCUGGAAAGCCACCUGUACGAGUACCAGGAUGAGGUGGACGAUGAACUGGUUUGCCACAUCUGUCUGCAGCCCCUCCUCAGACCUAUGGACACCCCUUGUGGUCACACCUAUUGCUUUCACUGUCUGAGCAACUUCUUGAAAGAGCAGGACUUCUGCCCUGUGGACCGCCAGCGGCUGCAGUUACACCAAUGCCGUCCCUCUAGUCUGCUGGUCAGGAACCUGCUGGACAAGCUGACUGUGAUGUGCCCCCACAAUGCAGAGUGUCAGCAGCUGAUGCAGCGCUGUGAACUGCAGCCUCACCUGCACAACAGAUGUCCUGUUUUUAGAAAACUGAGGGAGGAAGCAGAGAAGAGGAAGAGGCCCUCGUGGAAUGAGCUAAAGGGACGUAAGGGUGACGGGGAGUCGUCUGGUGAUGCUAAACAUUCAGUAACUCUGUCCCGAAAUCCCCCCCGAGAUCAGCCUGAGCCUGGGUUGAUUAAUCCUGCCUAUGAAGAAAGUGAGGAUGACAACACCCCCCUCCGGUCUAGUCUAGUGGCUGAGGCCAGUGUGGUGGAGCUGUUCAGAGAGGAGCCGGAGGAGGAGCUGGGCCUUCGCAUCGUGGGGGGGAAAGACACACCGCUGGGGAACAUAGUCAUCCAGGAGAUUAUCAGGGACUCGCUAGCAGCUCGUGAUGGCAGACUGGCUCCAGGGGACCAUAUCUUAGAGGUGAAUGAUGUCAGUUUGGCUUCAGUCCCCCACGCCCGGGCCAUCGCAGUGCUGCGGCAGCGUUCCCUCCUCAGGCUCACUGUUAUGCAAGAGAAAGGAUUCAAAUCAAGGGAUCCACGGUCUGAUCAUCACCCUUCUUCUUGCACCACUUCCACUGCCUCCCAGCCCUCUCACAGUCCCCAUGGCAACGCUACCUCCAAUCACAACCCUGGCACAGUCCUGCAGGUGACGCUAAUGAAGAGUCAGCGCACCGAACCGCUCGGCAUCAAACUCAUACGCAAAUCGGAUGAGAGUGGAGUUUUCAUCCUGGACCUGCUGUCUGGUGGUUUGGCAGCCAAAGACGGAAAACUGAGGAACAAUGACAAGGUGUUGGCCAUCAACGGACAUGACCUGAGGCAUGGUACACCUGAGAGCGCUGCCCAGAUCAUACAGGGGAGUGAGGUGCGUGUGAACUUUGUGGUGAUGAGACCUGCAGAGACUCAGGAGGAAGGAGGAAGCAGCAGAGAGGGACAACACAGCAGAGCAGCCAGGAGACCUGAGCUGCAGUACUUCAGGCGCCAGUCCACUUACAUGAAGGAUCCUCCAGGUGGGUUUUCCAGCCAGGAGAAAACUGUGAGCUUAAAGAAGGAGCCUCGGCUUUCCCUGGGCAUCACCAUUGCCGGGGGGAGGGACUGUCGCAGCCGCCUGCCCGUUUACAUCACGAGUGUGCAGCCUGUCGGCUGUCUGCACCGAGAUGGCACCAUCAAAAGAGGUGACAUUUUGCUAAGCAUCAACGGUGUUGAUCUGACCCAGCUGAACUACAAUGAGGCAGUUUCUGUGCUGAAGGCUCAGACAGCUCAGUCCCAGGUGGUGCUCCGUGUCAUCCAGACCCUCUCUGAGGACUUGGAGGAGGAUGCCGAGGAUGCCAGCAAGGACGAACUGGACCCUGUGGACGACCCACGAGACGACACCCUCAACUGGACACCACUGUGGACUCGCUGGCUGGGAUUACCAAGUCACAUGCACUGGUGCCGGGACAUCGUCCUGCAGAAGACCAACAAUGAUAGCUGGGGCUUCAGUAUCGUCGGGGGCUAUGAGGAGAGCCAUGGCCAGCAGCCCUUCUUCAUCAAAACCAUUGUGCCUGGUACACCUGCUCACUUUGACGGACGCCUCAAGUGCGGUGAUGAGAUAGUGGCGGUGAACGGAGCCACAACAGUGGGGAUGAACAACUCUUCACUCAUCCCCAUGCUGAAGCUGCAGAAGAAUAAAGUCACACUGACUGUGGUGUCCUGGCCUGGGAGCCUUGUGUAGCAAAACACACGUCCCAAUUCGCUCUUUUUUUUUAGUUGUUCACAUGUACACACAGAUCUUUGCCCUGUUCUGCUGCAUUCUGGACUGGGUCACCCACUGUCCCUUCUAUAUGUAACUCACUGUCAGAUUACAUUCUUGUUAAGUCUUUUGAUCCGUUAUGUAAUACAGAACGUGUGUGCUUAAGAACCAUCAUGUGUACAAUGGAAAUGACUUCCCCCAAGCAUAGCCUCAGCAGGUUCCUGUUUGUUUCAAUGCACUCUCACACUCAAAGAACAGAUGGUUGCACGAAAUGGGUUUAAUCAGGGAGCAAAAAUGAUGACAAUCAGUGAAUUGUAUCCAAAGGACAAACUGGAAGGAUAGUUGUUGUUUUUUAAACAUCUUUUUGAUUCUUUUCUGAAUACUUUAUGUAUUUAUCCUGUUAAAUAAUGUUAUCAUUUGGUAGUUGUGACUUGAUUCAAGUGAUUCACAUAAACAGCAUCCAAAGAUGAAAUGUAGUGCUUACAAUAUAUGUAGACAGUUGUGAUGAAGAAUUAUAGAUGACUACAUGUAAUAAAGUGGCUGCUGAGAGUAUAGGCCGAUGACAAAGACGGAAUCAUCCUGUCCUGUACCUUUUUGUCCUGCUAGUGUGAUUUUAUCAACUUUAUUUACAUUGCACUUUCAAAACGUACAACAAAGUGACGUUACUAAUAAAAUCAACAGCUACAUUGUAUUAUAAAAAAAGAGAUUUUGGUCUGACACUUUCAUGCUGACACAGGUUCAGUUUAAAGGGGCUUAAAGAGUCUGAAAUAUCUGAGGUCCAGUCCUAUCUAAGCCAUAAAAGUAAUAAGUAAAAUCUUACACACUCCUAAACUUAACAGGAAACCUGCAUAGACCAUUUUAUCAGAAUUGUAUUGGUAGGAAACAGCUUGGGUCCAGGUUUAUUUCCUGUUAACUCUUGAUAUUAGCAAAUGCUGCAAAAGGAAAUAAGCUUGGACACAUUUAUGUUGUUUAAAACUGUGAGCUAUAAUAUAGAAGCAAAUAAUUAUGUGAUGAAUGUUUGGUCUUAAUCAGAAGUGUUGUUAAUCUAUAAAUAAGACAUUCAGCAGCUUUUGAUUUAUUAAUUGAUACAUGUCCAUUGACCCCAGUGCUCUGUAUUUAUUUUCAAAUGAUACAGUGGCUCAUACCAAAUGACUUUGAUAAGUGGGUGCCCUGUAGACAUUGAAGGACAAACCAGAAUGUAUACUUGCCUUAAAUUUCCACUGUACCAAAAUGUGUUUCCCUUCAUUUUUUCCUCUCAUUAUAAACUGUUUAUAGGAAUUUCAGAGAAUGGCCUUGUUCAAAUAAAUGUGUUACCUCGUUCUUUUUGUGUCAACACAUUCCCAGUGGCCUUUCUUGUAUCUUAAUUGAUACAAGACUUGAAUAAGAGAUAUAUAUACUUAUAUAUACACAGUAGGUAGUGUGUGUAUUAGCCUGUUCACUGUUUUAUUAUGUUCAAUAAAAUCAUAACAAAUCA